UUCAGUCGGCUGCCACGUGACGCUUACCGACCAAUCAGCGGCUAGGAAGCCUCGGAGCGCCCAAUCAGGCUGCGGAUUUCAGUGGCGCCUCGUUGGAAUCCUCAUUGUUGGGGGGAAGCGGUGUUUGGAGGAGGGUUGGAAGAAGGGCUGCCCGGCAGGGAGAAGUGAGGGAGAUUUCCGCUUCGGAACUCGGUCUGAUCAACCUGUAAUGGCUGGCCUCAGAGAGCAAAUACCAGACAUGGAACAGUUGAGCAAUGAGCUGCUGAAACUGAUGGCAGAAAACAAGGGGACGGAGAAGCUGAAGGACAACCUCCCCAAACAGGAGAAGAUGUUUGACAAACUCCUGAAUACUCAGAAGACGACAAAACAGCUUAUCAAAGAUCUCAUAGCUGCUGAGGAGGCGGCCGCCCAAAAACUUCAUGAAAGGGAGCAAGAACUGAAUGCAAGUCUCCAAAAGCUGAAGAAAAUUGAAGAUGAAUUGUGUCAGCAAAACAAGGAUGCGACACUGAGAACCAGCAUCAAAGAGUUAAAUAAAGAGCUGGAGGCACUAAAAGAAGAAAUCAGGCAGCAGGAGAGGAAAGCUGCUGAAAAUGUCGACGCAUCUACAUCAGCCAAGUACCUUGUACACCUUUAUUACCAGAUCAGCCACAUUGACUGGGACUACUCCUGUGAGCCAAAUAUGAUUAAAGGAAUCCAUUAUGGACCUGACAUUGCCCAGCCUAUCAACCUUGACAGCACCCUACACUCCCGUUGUUUUAUCAGUGAUUAUUUGUGGAGUAUGGUGAAUACGUCCUGGUCAAAGAAGUAGCCCCUGAGCAACAGAAGCAAAUACAUGGUGGAUGUUCCUAUCAACAGUGAUAAGUUUUGAGCAGUAGCUCUCCCCCCUCCCCAAUGUGAUUUCUGUACUCUCAAAAUGUUUAUUUAAAUAAAUACACGGACUGAAGAUAA